CCCCCUAAGCCGACGGACGCGCGCGCCCUUCGAACUUGUCUUCAGCGUCCGAGACGUGGUCGCAGCGCCCCGGACUCGCGGGCGUGCCGCCGGGUUAAGACAGACCUUUCCGUCUUGAAACAAACAGCCGUCUCCAGUCCGGCGGCGACUCGGAGGCCAGGGCGCUUUACCUCCACGUCUGGUCCGCUGGCCUGGACUUGGAACCUCUGUCAGGAUUGGGUAGACACUCAUCAAUCCCCUUUUUCAGAAUUUUGCACAGUAGUAUCAAACUGUCGCACGCUUUAUUUAUUCUGAAGUUUUUAUGUAUAGGCUGCGUAUGUACAAUCUAUAAAGAACUGCAUAAGUUAAACUUGUAACUUGACACGUAUUAACCAGUUAUUUUAGAAGGUUUUUGUUUGUGAGUCAUAAUUUUGUGUUUUGUGUUAAAUUUUAUCUCUGAGAUCUUUCAGAGGAAAGGGUUAAUAAAAAUUAGAUACUGAUUUCCUUUUUUAAAUGUGUAUGCUUAACCAGUUCAAAUGUAGUUUACCUCUUGGAAAAAUUCAAGUUAGGAUGAAAUUAGAACUCUAACAUCCGAUUUAAACGGCUUGAAUUUAUCUGCAACUCCGGCUCUACCUUACUGAUAAACACUGUUACUCUUUUUGAAACACAGAACAAUCUACUUUGGGAAGUGAAGAAUGGAAUCCUUGGGAAGGUGAUGAAAAAAAUGAGCAGCAACACAGAUUUAAAACUAGCUUUCAAAUAUUGAAUAAAUCCACGAAAGGGAAAACAGACUUCCGAAUACAAAUCUGGGGCAAAGCUGCCAUUGGUUUGUAUCUCUGGGAGCAUAUUUUUAAAGGCUUACUUGAUCCCACUGAUGUGACGGCUCAAUGGAGAGAAGGAAAUUCAGUUGUAGGAAGAACACAUUACAGCUUUAUCACCGGUCCAGCUGUAGUCCCAGGGUACUUCUCCGUUGAUGUGGAGAACGUGGUACUCAUUUUAAAUGGAAGGGAAAAAGCAAAGGUCUUUUACGCCACCCAGUGGUUACUUUACGUCCAAAAUUUAGUACAAACUCAAAAGCUCCAGCAUGUUGCUGUCGUUUUGCUUGGAAAUGAACAUUGUAACAAUGAGUGGAUCAACCAGUUCCUCAAAAGAAAUGGAGGCUUUGUGGAGCUGCUCUUCAUUAUAUAUGACAGCCCCUGGAUCAAUGACAUGGAUGUUUUUCAGUGGCCUUUGGGAGUAGCAACAUAUAGGAAUUUUCCUGUGGUGGAGGCAAGUUGGUCAAUGCUGUAUAAUGAAAGGCCCUACUUAUGUAAUUUCCUAGGAACUGUUUAUGAAAAUUCAUCCAGACAAGCACUCAUGAAUAUUUUGAAACAAGAUGGAAUUGACAAGCUUUGUUGUGUUUCAGUAAGAGAACAGUGGCAGCCUCAGGAAACAAAUGACAGCCUUAAGAAUUAUCAGGAGGCUUUGCUGCAGAGCGACCUCACGCUGUGCCCGGUGGGAGUAAACACGGAGUGCUACAGGCUGUACGAGGCCUGCUCCUACGGCUCCGUUCCCGUCGUGGAGGACGUGAUGACAGCCGGCAGCUGUGGGAAUGCGUCGGGCGCCCGCCGCGCACCUCUGCAGUUACUCAAGUCCAUGCACGCUCCCUUCAUCUUUAUUAAGAACUGGAAGGAACUUCCCGCUGUCCUAGAAAAGGAGAAAACGAUCAUUUUACAAGAAAAAAUUCAAAGAAGGAAAAUGUUACUUCACUGGUAUCAACACUUCAAAACAGAGCUAAAAAUAAGAUUUACUAAUAUUUUAGAAAAUUCAUUUUUCAUGAACAAUAAAGGUUAACUGUUAACUAUC